GAAGAAGCAAAAAGUAUUAUUUACUUUGAGCGGGAAUACAAAGGUCUUGUAUUUGCCGAUUUGUCAACGCCGAUAACAAUUAUGAAUGGAAAUUUUAGAAUGACCCAAGAGCCAAGACUACACCCGACAUACGCUUGA